GCUAUCGAAUUUAGCAGUAAGGAGUCUUGCAUAAUGAAGAGUGCACGAAAAAAAGCGAAAGCGGUACCGAAGUUCAUAGGUCGUUUCAAUCCAGCCGAAGCUCAAGCUUUAGGACGGAUAUUUCUUAAAAUAACAGAUUCAGGCCGACUGGACAGGACUCAGUUUCGUGAUAUUUUGCAUUCAACGUUUGACAUGAACGACGAUUCAUUAAUGGACCGCAUAUUUCGUACCUUUGACCACGACUCCGACGGAUAUCUGACUUGCAACGAAUGGCUGACGGGACUUUGGAUAUUUUUAAAAGGAAAUGUCACAGAGCAAACAACAUACUGUUUCCAAGUCUACGACAUUGACGGUGACGGAUACUUGUCAAAAGGAGAUUUGUUUCAGCUAUUGAAAUCCAGUCUACGCCCCGCUAUAGCUAAAGCGAUGCCUUUCGGUCAGAGAGGAGGUAAUGAGCAGACUCCAGCCGACUCACCAAGAACUGCACGAAGUCAUAGGCAAAUCACGCGUGGACAGACAGAAGAGGCAGAUAAAGAAAUUGAUUUGGAUUUAGUCGAUGAAGACAAACCCUCAGGUGGCCCGACCGCAGCAGUUAUGGGAAACAAUGAAGACGACCCGGACGAGGGUCCGAGAGAUCUGAGUGAAAUGGCGUUAGGUCUUUUGGACCGAGACAUGGACGGUCGAGUAUCAUUAGAAGAUUUCCUCCUAUCAGUCCAGAAUGAUUACCUCUUGAUGGAAAUUUUGGGAUCUUGUUUACCAUCAGGCGCCAGGGCUGCAGCUGUUCUGGCCGCGCUGAGUGGCAAUGGAACACUUCCUAUUUCUAUUCCUCCACCUUCUACAUGA